CUGGAUCGGAGCUCUUUUCAGCUUUUGUCAGAUUGUUAUAUGUUCUUUUGUUUUGUUGCGUGUUUUGAAUUUUGUUGAGAUUGCGACUAUUUUUCUGAAUCUGCUUCCACUUGUCAAGCUAAUUGAUAUUUCUGGAACAGCAGCUUUUACUUCUUCUUUUAUAGAUCCCUUUUUUCCCACUUGGCUCAUCAGAUCAAACAAAAAGUUCUCCCACUUUAUAACAAUUCAACGCUUUUUUCUCUCACCUGAAUCGUGUUGGGAUCUUGUCUUAACUUGAGAAAGUCUGUCCUAAUGGAAUCAAGACUUUGAUCAGGUCAUUUGUAGUUGUCAUUUUAUCUGGUCCAAAAGAUGCAUCUCUCCAUGAAUAUAAUUUUGAUCUUGGUGGCGAAAAAAACCGAACAUGGAAGGAGGUGUGAUUUCGGGAUUUGGAGACAGACACACCAACGUGGAUGGGAAAGUGCUGCAGAGUUUCCAGAAGAGCUUUGUGAAUGUUCAAGACAUUUUGGAUCAGAACCGGCUAUUGAUCAACGAGAUCAAUCAGAACCACGAGUCCAAUCAACCUGAGAACUUGAGUCGAAACGUGGGUCUGAUCAAAGAGCUCAACAACAAUAUCAGAAGAGUAGCUAGCCUUUACGGUGAUCUCUCUCAUUCUUUCUCAAGAUCAGUGGACGCUUCGUCAGAUGGUGAUUCUAGUGGAACCCUUGGGAUAGCUAACCAGAAGAGAUUUAGAUCCGGUUAGUAAUAUAACCGAGAACCACCGAAGCUGAUUUAUAUAUUCAAAGAAUACUCAGAGCUAAUUGAUUGAGGAGAAAGAAAAGAGGGGUUUUACUACUGUAAUAUCACUGUUUGAAUGAUUGUUUUACUACAAUAUGUUUCACCAUGAUGAUUUUCAGAUUAAAA